AUGAACGGUCUUCUCUCUACUUUUACUCGUUUUCGUAAACCGCCACAAAUUCACAUUAUUAAGCUUAGCUUUACUUCUGCUGCUGCUUUUUCUUCAAGAUGUACUUUAACAAAUAAUAACUUAACCUCGAUAUCUUUGGAGCAAAACUGCACAAGACAUUUAUCUUCUUCGUCAACUGAUAAUGAUACCAGCAUUAUUAGUAGUAAUAAACGUGGUGAUGAUGAUAAUGCGUUAACAGAUACAUAUAAACAGUCGGUGAAUCGUGAUAAACCAUGGUCAGUGAGUCAACGAGAUAGAAGAGAUGCAAUGAUUGGGCCGCGCUUUGAGAAUACUGAUUUAGAAGCACAGCCAAGACCACUAGCAGCAAUCGAGCUAAUUAAUCAAGAGCCAAUUCAUUUUGUUGAUGGGCGUAUUGCAACUUGUCAUGGAGAUGGCGGAGCCUUGGGCCACCCAAGAGUCUACAUAAAUUUGGAUCAAGAAGGAUCUCACGCUUGUGGAUAUUGUGGCAUACGAUUCCAGCAAAAAGCUCAUCAUCAUUAA